AUGCGAUUCUCUGUGCUGCUGGGCCUCGCUCAGAUCACAGCGGCCAACGUCGUCGCCCGGCAGUCAGGUUCGACAGUGGAAGUCGGCAAGUCGAAGCUGAUCGCGGAUCCGGCCGGGCUGGACGGCGCGUGUUCGCUGGCCAUCCGGACCGCGGCUACCAACACCAAGUUCAAGCCGUCUCUGGCGCUCAGUUGUCUGCAGUCCAUGCCUGUCGAGGUCGAUACGGACCUCACUCUGCUUGACCAACUAACCUACCAUGCCGAGACACUGAGCACGCUGGGGUACCUCAAGGCCCCGCCGGCCGGCUACUUGAUUCCCGGCGUUGACAUAAUGGGCGCGUUUGAUGAGAUGAGGAAGAAGCUGAAAGAUGGCAAGUAUGCCAACCAGUAUCACUUCAUGGACGAGCUUUUUAAUGUGUACCACGCCGCGUCGGAAAGCCAUUUCACAUGGAGACCAAUGAUAUUAAACGCUUUUACCUUUUCAAGGGGCAUCAACCUCGUCAGUGUUUCCCAGGAUGGCAUUGAGCUGCCCAAGGUUUACGCCGAAGAAGAUUUUAUGAAGAGUCAGCGCGAUGGAUACAAGGCUUCGGAGAUUGUUUCCAUCGAUGGAUCUCCAAUCGAGGACGUGAUAGCGAGGGAGUCCUUCUACGUGCUAGCCCAGGAUCCGGACGCAAAGUAUAACCAGCUGAUGCAGGGGCACGGCGUGCAUUCCAUCGGUGGCGAGUUCUGGAAGAACUGGCACACGGCCGGCGUCCCCGACUCUCACAACGUCACCUUUGCAAACUCAUCGACCGUCACCUACGUCAACACCGCCAGCUAUUCAGGCGGAGUGGCGGGCAUUCGAUCAGCUGGGGACCUGAGCAAGGCUUACCUUUUGCCGACUGACAAGGACGGUGGGUCGAGCGCAUUCGAGUUGGGCGCAAGCGACGACGGCAGUUUUGCUUCGGCUAUCAACGUGAUGCAGCUGCAUUCCAUCGCCAAGCGCGACCUUGAGCCGCGCGAUCUCUUCAAGCCGGAGCGGCUCAGGCCGUUCGUCAGCCACAAGCUCGGCAUGAUGUACGGUUACUUUCUCGACAAGGCUGACUUUACCGACGUGUGCGUGCUCGCCAUUCCGAGCUUCUCCAGCAACGGCACGAGCAACUAUCAGACCGAGCUUGAGGACACGAGGCGGGUGGUACGCGAGUUCAUCAGCAAAUGCAAGGCUGCCAACCGGAACCGGAUCGUCCUCGACGUCUCGGGCAACGGCGGCGGCAACUACGCCGCCGGAGUGGAGCUUUUUCGCAACUUCUUCCCCAAGGCCGAGUACCGCCAGGCCUACAACUUUCGCGUGUCGCCGUUCAUGCGCUACCUGGCCACCAACAUGAACGAGGUGGAGAAGUGGUCCUUUUACCAGCAGGAGUCGCGCGAGUACAAGCCCAGCUUUGACGAAUUCUUCAAGCCCUCCCAGGACAUCAAGCAAGACGACCUCACCGGCCACGUGCUGAUCGAGCCGUCGAGCAUCGCGAGCGACCUUGGCGGCGCGGCCAUCGACAGCUCCCAGGAGCCGCCGUUCAAGCCGGACGACAUGGUGAUCCUCUCGGACGGGCACGCCGGGUCGACGUGCGCAGGCGUCGUCAGCCUUUUCUACCGCGAGGCGGGCGUGCGCGUCGUGGCGUUUGGCGGCCGGCCGCUCGAGCGUCCCAUGCAGGGCGUCGGCGGCACGAGGGGCGGCUUCGGGUACGACGAGCCCAUGUUCCGCAACCUGUCGGACGCCUUCAACGCCGGCGGCCGCGCGCGGCGUCCCGACCCGCCCGCUGGGGUCCGGCGCCCGCCGCGCUGGCCCAUGGCGGUCCAGAGCCUGUUCGGCUGGCGCACCAACUGGAACAACGAGUUCGCGGUCGGGGCGGCCGCCGACGCCGUGCCGCUGCACUUUAGCUACGAGGCCGCGCACUGCCGCCGCUUCUACCGCCCCGACAACGUCGUCGACCACACGACCACCUGGGCCGACGCUGCCGCCGUGGCCUGGAAGGGCGCCAGGUGCGUCAAGGGCAGCACCGUCAACGGCGAUGGGAGCAUCGGGAAAGGCGGCAUGGAUGGCGCCCCGGCCUUCUCCGAGCACGUGCGCUCGCGGGAGCGCUACGUCGGCCUCGGUGCCGUCAACGAUGGCGUUGCGCCCACUGGACAGCUGCCGCCCCAGGGUGGGCGGAGGGCGGGCUCUGGAGCCGGAAGUGGCGGCGACUCCAAGAAGGAUGCGGCCGAUGGCUUGAGGGCUGGUGUUUUCACCGUUGCUGGCGUUGCUGCUCUCGCGGCCUCUCUGUUGGCUCUCUGA